GCUCUUGGAGGGUUCAAUGCUCAUGCUAGCAACAUUGUGUCUGCUAUCUACUUAGCCACUGGUCAAGAUCCUGCUCAAAAUGUGGAUUACCAUGAUGGCAAGGACCUUCACAUUUCUGUCACCAUGCCUUCCAUUGAGGUUGGUACUGUGGGAGGAGGAACGCAACUUGCAAUCUCAGUCAGCUUGUCUUAAUUUACUUGGUGUGAAGGGUGCCAGCAAAGAUUCUCCAGGCUCAAACUCUAGGCUACUGGCAACCGUUGUAGACGGUUCAGUCCUUGCCGGGGAACUAUCACUCAUGUCUGCAAUUGCAGCUGGACAGCUAGCUAAGAGUCGCAUGAAAUACAACAGAUCUAGCAAGGAUAUCUCCAAAAUCGUCUCAUGAGCUGGCCACAUACAACGCAAUAAUAAACUUGUAGAGGGGUAUAUAGUUAUAGUUAACUUUCAAAAGGACUAUUGGUGGUGGCCAAGGGUGAAUAAAAAAUGAUGAUUGGCAUCUCUUUUCAAUAACAAGAGCAUGUGGUAAGAACCAAAUAAGAAAAACUUGAACACCUAGUCCAUGUGUGACAUUGUCUUUUAUGAGAUUGUACAAAUGGGUUUAAUAAGAAAAUGGAGACAAACAAAUAGCUAAACUUUGGCUUUAGUUUUAUUCUUUUGUUUUGCUUUAAUUUUUUCUGUACUGUGUCAUUCUGACAUAGAAAGCUAUUACCUCAAAGAUUCAGUAUUUUAGUGUGUGUGUGGAGUAUUUUGCUUUGUUUCUUUUCAUGUUUCGUAUAUGGAUGGAUCUUACUAUAAAUUUGAAGGACUUAAGGUUCAGCUUAAUGUGAAGGGCAAGAGACGAAAUAUUAUAAAUAAUUGGAUCAUAUCUUAUUCACCAUGAUAUAAUUCAAUUUUAAAAUUUAUCAUAUAUCUUUUCUCUGAUUCAAAUUUUUUGUUUUUUAAUAUAAGCUAAUUAAAAAAUAAGUAAAAAAUGGACAAUCAUUUAAUAAUGGAGGGAGUACUAUAGAAACAUGAUAUCUAGGAUUU